UCUCGCUCAUGCGCACUGGGCACCCGGCUGUCAUGCCGAGUGCCAUUACAGAAGCCAGGAAGACAGCGCGCGGCUGGAUCGAGGAACAGGUCAGCAGUCAUCUGUACUGUCCGCAGUCUCUGGUCAUCCCUGUGCUGUCCGCAGUCUCUGGUCAUCCCUGUGCUGUCCGCAGUCUCUGGUCAUCCCUGUGCUGUCCGCAGUCUCUGGUCAUCUCCUGUACUGUGUCAGCAGUCUCUGGUCAUUCCCUUCAAUGUCUGCAGUCUCUGGUCAUUCCCUUCACUGUCUGCAGUCUCUGGUCAUUCCCUGCACUGUCUGCAGUCUCUGGUCACCUCCUGUACUGUGUCUGCAGUCUCUGGUCAUCUCCUGUACUGUCCGCAGUCUCUGGUCAUUCCCUGUACUGUGUCCGGAGUCUCUGGUCAUCCCCUGCACUGUCCGCAGUCUCUGGUCAUCCCCUGCACUGUCCGCAGUCUCUGGUCAUCCCCUGCACUGUGUCCGCAGUCUCUGGUCAUCUCCUG